CAUCACCAUUGCCGUUGAGCGUUCCUCGGUAAUGAGGCGAAGCAAGCAAACAAUCAUCACGCCCGCCGGCCAGCCAGCCAGCUUUUUGGGUUUGAAACCUUGCAUCGUCGAGCGGAGCAGGCCAAUUGAACACGACCGGCAUCCCGAGCCGUUUCCUUCCUCCUCCUCUUCCUCCUCCUCCUGGCUACUAGGGCUCAGAGGGUCAGUCAGGGUCAGGGUCAGGUUCAGGGCGGGCGCGGGAAACCUGUCCACCGCAAGGCGCCCGUCCGCCAGCCAGCCAGCCCGCCCGCCCGCGCCACCCACUCGCCCCCUUUGGCCCACGCCUGCCUGGCCCGCUGAUGAAUGGGUCUGCCUGGUUGUGCGUGCGCGCGCGCAUGGACGCACGCAUGGUUUUGAUACGUAGGGGAGGGGGAUAGGAUGGGAUGAAGAGGAAGGGCGGGACGAUGGCAUGGCAUGGCUUGCUCUGCCCUGCCUGCUUCUACUCUGCUCUGCUCUCUGUCUGCCCUGACUUUUUUGGCCUGGUCUGGCUUGGCCUAGGCUGGCCGCCCAUCACAAACCGUUAGUACGCUCACCCCCCCCCCCCCGACUCCCCUUUCCUCCAGUUCUCUGCCCAUCCGUCUCCUGUGCUUGUCCACUGCUGCUCCUGCUGCGCGCCUGCUCGCCAGCUUUCACUCUCUCCUCUCUGGAUGGCAUGGAUGAAUUAGGUACCUCUGUGCGAACGGUACGGUACCUACCUACACUCUCGUACGAGUGAGGAGGAGAAAAGGCACCAAGUUGGCGUAUGACUGGCCGGCCAGCUCUCUCUGGGCUUCGCGGUCUGUCUCCCCCCCCCCACCCCAGCCAGCCAGCCAGCUCCCCAGCUCCGGCUCCUGAUCCCCUUCUUGCUCCUCCCGCUGCUCCUCCCGGCCGCACGCCCGCCCGUCCGCCCUGGCCGACCCUGCCCUCCUCCUCCUCUUCCUCUGUCUACGCCGCUCUGCCCUGCCCUGCCCUGCCCUUCCCUGCUCUCGCUCGGCCAGCUCGACCCAAAUAAGUACCCAGCGUCCCCUUCUGCCAGCUACCCUCCUUCUUCCUCUUCUUCCCCUUCACCACCAGCUCUGUCUGAACCCCAUCCCAAGCUUCCACGCCUUCUGGAUCUCCUCCCCCUUUUCCUUUUUAUACCAUCUCGUCUUUGUUUGUUGUGAUACCCCCAACUUGAGAUACCCCCUUCCUCUUUUUUUCGUAUCCAGAAUGGCCGAAGAACAGAAGCCCGUCGUGGACGUCCCCGAGGUCCCCAAGGAGGAGACGACUCCCGCCGUCGUGGAGCCCGUCACCGCCGCCGCCCCCGACACGGCUGCUCCCGCCGCUACCGAGACGACGGCCGAGCCCACGUCUGCUGAGGCCACCGAGGCCCCCAAGACGGACGACAAGAAGGAUGAGGUCAAGCCCGUCGAGGAGGGCCACCUGGGCCACAAGGCCCAGGGCGCCAGCUUCCCCAAGAACCUGAUCCCCAGCAAGGAGUUCUUCUUCUUCGGCUCCGACGCUGUCGAGCCCAAGUCUCUGGCCCAUUACCAAAAGACGGAGAAGUCGACCGAGACAGCUCACCACAACAUUGCUUGGGCUUCCCACACCGGACUGGGCCUUCUCUUUGUCGGCGACAAGAAGGCCCCCCACAGCGUCAUCAACCUGGCCGAUGCCACCGAGCCCGAGGUCGACGGCGCCAACAAGUUCCACUUCACUUCCAAGGGCAACAAGCACAGCUUCAAGGCCGCCUCUUCCACCGAGCGUGACGGCUGGGUCGCCCAGCUGAAGCUCAAGAUUGCCGAGGCCAAGGAGCUCGCCGCCACCGUCACCGAGUCCGACGCCUUCAAGAAGACCGUCGAGGGCUUCAAGCCUGCUCCCGUCGUUGUCAAGGAGGACAAGCCCGCUGAGGAGCCCGUCAAGGCCGAUGAGACCAAGGCCGACGAGCCCGCCAAGGAGGGUGAGGCUGCCCCCAAGGAGGAGUCCAAGGAAGAGGAGCCCAAGCGUCGCUCUGCUAGCCGGAAGCGCGCCUCUUUCUUCGGCUUUGGCAAGAAGGAGGAGAAGAAGGAGGAGACCAAGGCGGAGGACGCCCCUGUCGCCCUUGAGACUGCCCCUGAGACUGAGGCUCCCAAGGUUGAGGAGACCCCUGCUCCCGUCGCCGAGACUGCGCCCACCGAGGACAAGGCCGCCGAGGAGGCUGCCCCUGCCGAGAGCCCCAAGGAGAAGCCUGCUGCUUCCAAGCGCAACAGCUUCUUCGGCAAUGUCUUCUCAAAGAAGGAGAAGAAGACUGCUGAGACGGUCAAGCCCACCGAGGAGGCUGCCGAGGCUCCCAAGGAGGCUGACGUUCCCGCCACCGAUGCCACCGCCCCCGUCAUUCCUCCCGUUGAGUCGACGACCCCUCUCGCUGUGGAUGUCUCCAGCCCCGCCACGGUCCCUACCGAGACGGUCGAGGCCCCUGCCACUAACGGUGAGGCCAAGAAGGAGGCCAAGGAGAAGCGCAAGUCGUCUCUUCCCUUCGCCUUCGGCAAGCGCGAGAAGUCCCCCUCCCCCGUCGACGGCGAGGAGAAGUCCGGCAAGAGUGCGUUCUCCAAGCUCCGUGCUACUAUCAAGGGCAAGGGCGCCGCCAAGGCCGAGGAGAAGCCCGCCGAGGAAGCCGCCAAGGAUGCCACCGCCGAGGAGCCCGCUAAGGAGGUCGCCGCCGCCGACGUGGUUGCCAAGGAGGAGGCUCCCGUCGCCGAGGCCCCCAAGGCUGUUGAGCCUGAGGCUGAGAACAAGCCCGAGAACGUCGCCUCCUCGACUCCCGCUGUCACCGCUGCUGCCUAGAGGGCCGGCAACUUGUGAAGCUGCUACGACUUGAGGAACACGACUGCACAAAAAGAGGACCGCACGCAUGAAAGGGUACGGAACGGAAGGAUGGUCUGCAUUUCUUCACAAGAUACCAAGAUACCCUGUCGAGACUGCUUUCACUGAUACCAAUUUCCAAUACUGCUUCUGUCGUUCUGGCAAUAGCCAAAAAAAAGAGGUUGCCAAAAUCACAAAAAAAGGGGGGAGGAGACCAUGGUCUCCGAAACAGUCCUUAGCUGCCAGUAUACCGCAUCGGCUGAUGUUCGAUACCCGGGGAGGAUGCGAUAGUAAUAACUAAUAAUACAAUUGCUG